UAAAAUGGUCACAGCUGAAGAGAUUGUUGUAGUUUUAUUUGGCAACACUGAAGACAAUGUGAAAUGUAAAUAAUGGCGGAUGAAAAUGCAGCUAGACGAAGAGAAUUAAGGAGACGGAAAAUUUUAGAAUGCUCUGAAGCCAGACUGCUAAAGAUUACAAGUUCGAACAGAAAAUACAAGCCAGAAGCUGCCAAAUCUGUAGAAACUACACAAAGUUCCAUAAAUAUUCAGGAAAAAACUGCCAACACUUUAAGCAGCAAUUAUGCUGAAAAUGAUUCCCAUGAAAGUAUGCUUCCAGAUGAGAGACUGUGCAAUAGUGAAGUUUCUUCAAAAUUUAAAAACAUUGAAGAAAACUAUACAAAUUCAGUCAAUGGGUCUAUACGUAGGUCAAGUUCUUCUGAUCUCUAUUCCUUUCCGAAAAAGGUUUCUGAUGCAGAAAUGCGCUCUUUUGGAAGAAAUAGGACUGAUAUCCGCAGGAGCAGCAUGUGCUCACAAAUGAUACAGGAAAGUUGGCGUUUUUCUUCUUUUUCAUUUAUUUGCUCUCGUCCAUACAUAAUGAUCAUCUUAGCAGCUCUUGUUACAAUAUACUUUAGGCAUUCAAAGAAUUCUGCAAUAUUUCAAUCGAUAUUUCUUCCAUAUGCAAUACUGGAGUUGACCCUUUGCUUUUGGAAAAAUGUUGAAUUUCAGGUUAGCACAAGGUCAGUUGCUUCAUCUCUUAUUCCUGGUUUUUUAAUAUUAUGUGGAUGUCGUCCUUCUGUGGUUACAGCCUUUAAUAGUAUUUGGAACACAAUAAAAUGUAUUACACUUGAUGUUGCAAUAUACUUGUUUUCGUUUGUAAUGUUACAUUAUAUUUUUGAAACUUAUAUAUUAAUAAAUCAAUAAAAUUUUCAA